CCUCAAAGAACGCACAGCUUCUCAUUUUAACUCUUCCCGCCCCUGCGAGUCAAAUUUGUCCGUCGCUUGACUCAGGAGGCAGCGGGUUGGCGACAGCGACCAAUCCCGAGGCUCUAUGCAAAUCAUAUCGCCGUGGGUGUUUGUUUUCAUUUGCUGGUGCCGCCGCUGUUCUGUGUGUGAAUCCACGCGCCGGCAGACGCGCCUAUCCGGAAUGCGGAAACCUGUGCAACAUCUGCUAAUGGGGAAAGUACAGGCGCUGCUCAGAUGCCCAUCACACGAGUGAACAGGAACGACAACAAAGUACGUUUCUUUCGGAGCAAACCAAAGGUUUGUGCAAAAUCUCAGCUUUGGGAAAUCACGAGGCUUGCUUUGAAAAUGAGCGGCGACUGAUUUUGGUUCCUGGUAUGUAACGAUUUGCCUCUUGUAUUUCUGCUGGACAGCUUAUUUUCUAGAACAUGCGGCAAAAAAAGAAAACGAAGAACCGUCCAAAAAAGUCCAUUCCCCUGUGCCAUGAACUUGCUUAUUGGAUGUCUCACUUGCCAGAAUGUCUGUGGACCAUUCCGCUUUCCAACCUAUCACUACCAGGGAGCCAUGAUGCUGUGACAUACAGCUUUGAUAAAACAUCAACUGUCAGCGUAAAUGAAUCCAAGCUGUUGGAACUUAUGGAUAAACAUAUGCACUGUAUAAUACACCCUAUCAUUUUGAGGUGGUGUAUAACACAGGAGCUGACUGUGUUGGAGCAACUGGAUGCUGGAAUUAGGUACUUUGACUUUAGGAUUGCUCACAAGCCUGAUGACCCUUCUAUGACUUUGCACUUUGUUCAUAUGCUAUAUACUACAGCUGUUGUAGAGGAUGUCCUGUGGGAUAUUUUACUAUGGUUGAAAACCCAUCCCUGUGAAGUCAUCAUUCUAGCUUUCAGAAACUUUGAUGGAUUGAACGAGGACCACCAUGGUCAUUUGGUGGCUUGUAUAAAGAAGAUCUUCAGCUCCAAACUGUGUCCUAGAAAUGUGGUUCCAACCCUACAGCUCAUGUGGGCUAAUGGCUAUCAGGUUAUUGUCUCAUAUGAAGAUAUUGUACAAGUGGCAGAGCACUCUGAGUUAUGGCCUAAAAUUCCAUACUGGUGGGGAAAUAAGACCACAGCAAGAAAACUUGUCCAGUAUUUGGAGCUAAGGAAAAGUGGUGGACGCCCAGGUGGAUUAUUCGUUGCAGGAAUCAAUCUUACUGGAGAUUUGGGGUACAUUCUGGCACAUCUCCAUUAUUCUAUAAAGAAAAUGACGCUCCAUGCCCUUCCAUGUCUAAAUCGCUGGAUAAAGAAGCAACAACCUGGAGCAGGGAAAGAGUGCAUUAAUAUAAUUGCUGGAGACUUCAUAGAAAGAAAUAAUUUUGUGAAGAAUGUGAUCAGUCUUAAUGAAAACCUUAUUCCAAAAUAGCACUCCCCGGAUAUGCUGCCUUUGCCCAGUUUUGGAAAAACCUGAGUACCGUGAGACUUUGGAAUAAUACAUACACAGCAAAGUUUUAAAAAACCCUCCUCUAGUUAAGAAUUGUUCUGGCGCUGAUACUGAAAAAUACAACUGUUCUUACUGCAUUGCUUCCUAGGAAACCAAGUACUUUUUCACAUCACUUUUGCCAUUUUUUAAAUCCAAACAUCAUGUCUUCAAUGCUUGGUACUUGUUACUGUAUAAGAGAAUCUGACCAGGUGCUCUUGUGAACUAAAUGGCACACACCAGUUAUCUCUUCAUAGGGAAGGGGAAGACAUUCUUCUUCCAAAAACAGAUGACUGACAAAAUCAGGACUGACAAAGCUAGCCAUCUUUAUGGAACGGUUCAUGCUGCCAAUCCAGAAGUACAACCUUGACUGUGAAACAUCCAAUGCUUGAUGCUGGGAUCCCAUAACAAAAGCUAUAAAUAGAGGAGUUUUACAAGGAAAGAAUUAUCUAGAAAUCAGCCUCUGCUAAAAGAGCAGAAGGAAGCCAACGUAAUACAAUUUUCAGAAAGGGAUUGGGUAGGAGAGAAGAAAGCAAGGGAUGAGGUUAGCUAGUCUAACUACUACCAUGGUAAAUAAUGGAUAACAUUCUUAAAGCUAAACGUUCAAAGGAACAAGCUCAGCUGACCGAAGUCACAUCUCACAGCUUUCUAGUAGAGACAUUGCAUACUUUGAUUAUGAGAGAAGAGUGAGACAUCCUUUUUUGGACUUGGUAAAGAACAGGAAUCAGAAGACUAGAAUAAAUGGAUGGUUCUUGCAACACAGGAAAAUAAGCAGCAAGUUUCCACAAGUGGUAUUUAACUUUUCAGUCCAUGAGUUGUAAGUGAAGUAUGAGAUAGCCGUGUUUGAAGAUAUCACCAAACUACCUUGCCAGAAACACUUUCUCUAAGUGUAAAAAUGAAGAUAGUUGGGCAAAAAAUCCUGACCACAUAGAUAGUAACCAGGAAAAAGAUCGUAUGGCUAUUUUGCAUGGAACGUCAAUUCAGCAUGCAGCAGCUGUGAAAAAAAUAGUUCAGUGUUAAGAAUUACUUGAAAAAGGGACUGCUAAUAGCAUGGCCAGUAUUGUAUUGUAAUGGUAUACGUAAAUCUGGGUUGCAAGAAGAAUAAUGUAGAAAAAGAGCAGAAAAUAGUAAUGAUUUGGGGCAGAGGCGAAGAGAUAUAUAAGGUGUUUGUAAAGUAUGUAUGAAGUAGAUAAUGUUUUUCAAUCCUCCUUGCACAGUGCUGCAAUUUGCACAACUUACAAUAUGUAGCAAUAGCCAUAGGCACUAAUAAAAUUUGACAACAGUUUUGUCAAUAUCUAUUUAGCUGUGAUGGAUCAAUGCAACUGCUGUGUUUAGAGGCAAUAUUUUUUAACCCCAGGACCUAUGAGACAAAUAAUGAAGAGGAGGGCUGUUGUAUUCCUAUCUUACAACCUUGCUGAAAGCAUUUACCUGGUUGCAGUUGGAAGCAGAAUGUCGACCUAAAUGAAUUGAUUUGAACAACGGCUGCUCUUAAGCAUCUCAGACAAAUAUUUAAAAUGAAGGUGUAAUAGCAGAUUUGGGGAGCCUGGUGAUGUAGUGACCUGUACACUAGUUUGAUAUUCUUAACUGUAGCUUGGAUAGGGAAUCCCCAAGGAAGACUUUGCAGAGGAAAACAAAGGUAAACCAGCUCUGCUUCUCACUUGCCUUGAAAGCCCCUUGGUGGGGUCACCAUAAGUUUGUUGUGACUUGACUGCACUUAUGUACGUGACCAUAAAACACCAGUUCAGCUGGUUGUGCAUCCUCUUGUGCAUCCUCUUUGAAAAAAGGCACUUGAGGGAAAUCCUUUCUACAUCAGCAACCAAUGGAAAGGUUUGUGAAUACUGCUCUGAGUGACUGGGGCCAGAUAAAAAGCAUCACCUCCACUGCUGGAUCCAUAAUCUCCAGGAUCCAGUUUCUUAUUUCAAACACCAACACUCUGUGAUUUGAGAAUGGAUGUAAACUAUAUUUUUUUCAGUGUAAUUGUUUAUGUUUAUUUGCCAUAUUUGCAAUUACUAAAACAGCACUUGUAAAGUGAAACAAGUAGUCUUGCCAGUGAUAUUAUAGGUUAUCACCUCAACAAGGCGAUCUUAAUUCAGGAUCUCUGUGCUUAUAGGUUAACUAACCAAAUUUAUCUAUUGUGUGUAUUGGUAUAUUUUGUCUUCUCCCUUAUGGCAUAUAUUAUUAAAAAGAAGUGUCCAGAUACUCCUGUGCUUUAAGAAUUGGUAGAAGCAGCUGCUCCAUUUCCACAGAGGGUUUUUUUAAACUCCCAAUUUCUAUUUAUACCCUACUGAGCCCUCAUCAAAGGUUAUGUAGGGAACUCUGGAGCAGCAUCCCCACCCACACAGUAGUGGAAAGGUUUUACGUUGGAAUGUAGGAUGGAAAAAGUAGA